UGUAGACAAAGACACACCAAAAUACUAUAGACCAAUCAUCCAGAAUCCAACCAAAAAUACCACCUGAUUCUCCACUCUGAAUCCACAGCAGACAGCCCAAAGAUACAAGUCCAACCAAGCGUAAUUCCACCGACCGGGCCCCAAAUCUAAUCCAGCCUGAACUCAGAGAACCUUGCAAGGUACCGCGGAGACUUACUCGACCUCGUCCCGAAGGACACGAUGCUCUAGUCUGGGAGGGGGGUUGCUGAUGGAUAGGGAGUUGCUCACACCAUCAAUUCCCAAGCAAGGAACUCAAAGCCACAGACUGGAAAAAACCGUGGAACCACGGGCCGUGGGUAACUAACCUGGGAGGAUGUCGGAGCUGCCUGCUGAUCUGCCAUUCCUUCACUGAUGUGCCUCCAAGCCUCCAAGUCGAUGUCCUUGUUACUGAUAUGAAGAAGUGCCCCGAAGCGCCGCAAAGGCGUCAACUGGUCGGUGCCAUAUUGGUGAGAGGCGAUGUGUGUUGGGUUUGCUGUGGAGUGAAGGUGUCGGUGAGAUCACCUUCACUCCAGGAAGCAAGUUUGUUUGAGGUUGAGGUGAGAGAAUGAGUGCUUGCUCGUGCAGUAGCUCGAGGAUGUCGAAAGGUUGUGUGUGUAUGCGG